AUGGUUUACGUUAGUACCGAUACUCAAGCUUUCACUAGAUUUGUUAAACAGCUACCUGAAUAUUUAGAAGUUCCUCACGAUAAGGAGCCUACUAUAUUACAAAAUGCUGAUUUGGAACCAAUACCUCCAGUUAGAAGAAUUUGGUCAUUUUGGAGUUUUUUUGGAUACUGGGGUGUACCAAAUAUCACUAUUUGGACAUGGCUGACUGGGUCAGCAAUGUUGGCCUUAGGUUUGAAUAUCGGACAUACCAUGGGAGCAUUGACUCUUGGAAAUAUACUCAUUUGUAUCUAUACAUGUCUGAAUUCAGGUCCUGGUUCCAAGUAUCAUAUUGGAUAUACUGUCUGUCAAAGAAUGAUAUUUGGGAUAUACGGAUCUGGUAUUGGAAUCGUCAUAAGAGUUAUACUCUCUAUUGUAUUCUACGGUUCCCAGAGUUGGUUAGGUGGCCAGGCAAUGGUCGUCAUGUUCUCAACCUUCAGUGACAAUUUUUUGAACUUGAAAAACACAUUCCCUGAGUCACUUGCAAUGACAACUAGAGAUUUUAUUGGAUUUUUCUGCUUUCAAUUUAUUCAAAUGUUCUUCUAUUUUAUGAAACCCGAGAAGAUGAACUCGUACGUGAACUUUUCAUGUCUUAUUACCUUCAUUGCCUUUGUUGGAGUCCUUAUCGCCUGCUUAGCUAAAAAUCAUGGUCCUGGUCUAAUUUACUACGAAAAAGUUGUUUUACUGCCUAGUGAGACAGGAUGGAUGUGGUUGUACGCUAUGACCAUUUGGUAUGGUGCUUUAUCACCGGAUUGUACUAAUCAGUGUGAUUUCUCUCGUUUUGCAUCUAGCAAAAAAAAGAUGUACUUUGGCAUUGUAUCUUCUAUUAUGAUAACAGGAACUUUCGUACCCUUAGCAGGACUAAUUUGUGCUUCAGCUACUCAACAACUAUAUGGGACCUCCUUGUGGUUGCCUACCGAUAUUGCAAUGCAAUGGAUGACCGAUAACUAUUCAUCUGGUUGCAGAGCGGCAUGCUUUUUCCUUGGGUUUGCCUUUGCAUCUUCUCAGUUGACAUUCAAUGUUUUAGCAAAUGGCUUUGCAGGAGGAAUGGAUCUUGCUGGAGUUUGUCCAAAAUACAUUAAUAUCAGAAGAGGUGCUAUAAUUACUGCCUUAUUAUCGUGGGUAACUCAACCAUGGAACUUUUACAACACAUCUUCUGUAUUUAUGAGUGUGAUGAGUUCUUUUGGGGUUUUUGUUACUCCUAUAAUUGCAAUUGUAGUUGCAGAUUUCCAUAUCAUUCGUCGUGGAAAGCUUCCACUCCAAGAUCUUUAUCUGACACAUUCUGAUGGAACAUUCUACUUCACGAAAGGUUUUAAUCUCAGAGCAAUCGGAGUCUGGAUAGUUAGUAUGGCUCCAGGAAUUCCUGGAUUAGUAGCAAGUGUUGAAGCGACCUUUAAGAUUCCAUCUGGGUUGAUGAAUUUCUUCUAUGGUAAUGUGGUAUUCGCUUUUGUAUGUCCUUUAAUACUUUACUCAAUAGUGUGUUACAUUUUUCCACUCAAAAAUGCAGGUGUUACCGACACAGUUGAUUAUUUCAAUGCCUUCACAAUGGAAGAAUGCAAGGAGAUGAACUUAAUUCCUGCCUCCUCAGUAGAGGUUCUAGACGGUGAAUCUGUUACUUUGGAACUUGAGAAAUUCCUGCUGAAAAAGGUAUAA